AUGUACGUUUACGGACGCCUACACCUCCUAUCCCAUCGAGUGCUGCAAGGCGACAGUACAUUGAGAUGCGGGGGAGCAGCCAAUCGGGCCACUUCGGGCCCCUUUUUCCAACCAACCAACGUAAUUGAUAAUAGAUACUUCCAAUUACUAGAGAUUCUGCGUAUGAAAUCGGUACCAGCAAUCUUCUGA